AUGGCGAUUGCUGCUUUGGUUUUGCAAGGUGGAGAGAAUUUCCAAGAGAUGGUGAAAGUGAAAGGUGACCUAGCAUGCAGUUCUGAUUUUGUGAAUGCAAAUACAACAGGUCCGGUAGGGACACUGCCAAGCGGAACACCAGUGUUCUUCGUCACAAUAACAAAUAUUUGCCCCUCAAAUUGCAGAAUAAGCAAUCUCUAUCUCAAGUGUGAGUCAUUUACGUCGGAGAUUCCUAUUUCUCCGAAUGUAUUCAGGCGUGUAGGUCCCAAUGAUUGCCUUGUCAACGAUGGCCUUCCGAUUGGGAUUGGAAAUGUUGUCACCUUUGAAUAUGCUCAUCCUCAUAUAUUCAAUCUUUCUGUUUUAUCUCUGCGAUGUUUAUCCUAA